GCACGUGGGGCUGCGGCUGUGAACCGUUGCGCUGCUUGCGUGAUCUGGCAUUUCCACCUUUGGUGCUUCCGAAUUUGAAUUUCAAAACGACGCUCUCAUUCAUUUCAGCGGACUUCACAUACACGGAGGGAGGCAAAGACGGUUUCCUUCUGCAAUUGAUCGUACAGAUCAGAUCGCAAGCAAUGGAGAAAUACGAGAAGCUUGAGAAGGUCGGAGAAGGCACUUACGGCAAAGUCUACAAGGCCAAGGACAAGGUUAGUGGCCAACUGGUGGCUCUCAAGAAGACGCGUUUGGAGAUGGACGAGGAGGGCGUGCCUCCCACCGCCCUCCGCGAGGUCUCUCUCCUCCAGAUGCUCUCUCAUUCACUCUACGUCGUCCGAUUGCUGUCCGUCGAGCACGUUGACGCCGCCUCCCCUGACUCCUCCGACCUCAAGAAGUCCAAUCUGUACCUUGUCUUCGAGUACCUGGACACCGAUCUUAAGAAAUUCAUUGACUCUCACCGCAAAGGCGCUAACCCUAGGUCGCUCCCUCCCAGUCUUAUCCAGAGUUUUCUGUACCAGCUCUGCAAGGGCGUCGCACACUGUCACAGCCAUGGCGUUCUUCAUCGUGACCUCAAGCCUCAGAAUCUUCUCAUUGAUAAGGAGAAAGGCAUCCUCAAGAUCGCUGAUCUCGGUCUCGGCCGUGCUUUUACUGUUCCUCUCAAGAGCUAUACGCAUGAGAUUGUUACCCUCUGGUACAGAGCGCCUGAGGUCCUUCUUGGUUCGUCGCAUUAUUCCACCGCCGUCGACAUGUGGUCGGUCGGCUGCAUUUUCGCUGAAAUGGUCCGAAGGCAAGCCCUAUUUCCUGGGGACUCCGAGUUCCAGCAGUUGCUUCACAUUUUCAGGCUAAUGGGAACCCCCACUGAGCAGCAGUGGCCAGGAGUUACUGCCUUGCGAGACUGGCAUGUCUAUCCACAGUGGGAGCCGCAAAACUUGGCACGGGCUGUUCCAUCUCUAGAUCCUCAUGGACUUGAUCUUCUAUCGAAAAUGCUUCAAUAUGAUCCAGCUGAAAGAAUUUCGGCCAAAUUAGCCCUUGAUCAUCCAUAUUUCGACAGCCUUGACAAAUCUCAGUUCUGAAGUCCGAUGCUCUUUAGAAGAUUACUGAAGUCAUCUCUCUCUCUCUCUCUCCUGGUAAACCUUUCCAUAUGACCGUUCUUGGUAUAUUCUGGUUGUCAUCACCUCGGUGAUUCAAGCGUUUGAACGUUAUCAUACAAUUAUAUCUAGAAUUCUGCCUCGUGAUGUUGACGUCUUGUUUGAAGUUCCCUUGUCCUUUUUUUUUAUUUAUCAUUUAUCAAGUUUUGUUUUUUAUCAUUUAUUAAGUUUUGUUUUCCAA